AUGUUUUCAAAUGGAUUCAUAUUUCUAUUGAUAUUUUUAUUCUCGCUACCAAAUUAUUUUGUGGAAAGUGUCAAAUGUUAUUGUACCGAUGAUCAUUGUGUUCCUUAUGGUUCUUGUGAGGGACAAGUUUGUAUGGUUGGAAUUUUGAGAGAAAACAAUCAAGUUAUACGAACUUGUGGAUCAGCCACUGUUGGAUGUCAUAGGUGAGAAUUAUUUUUUAUUGAGAAAAUAGAACAAGGUAAAAAUAUUCCGAAAACUUAAAAGUUAAUACGAACUGAUAUAAUUCUAUGUUUUUCAAACUUGAAAUUUUCUCCACGUUCAGCGGUCUUCAAGUACAGUACGAUUUGAGCUUUCUUUGUUUUUCAUACAAUUUCAUUUCUAUCUUUUGUUUUGUUCAAGUUUAAGUCAGAUGCUUCGUUGGUGGUCUCGGGGAAGCUAAAAAAACGCGAAAUGUUGUACUUUUUUUUAGAAAUCAGUCCGAGACUUUUAGAGAAAGGUCACUCUUCAAAAUUGCGACACUUUUGAGCUCUCCAGAGAAUAAUGAUUCACCUAGAAUCACUAGUCAAGAGACGCAGGCAGCCACAAUUAUCGUAAAAUAAUAUUUUCCCUUCCUCGGGUCAAUUGGAUUCUGGUGGAAUGGUGUAAUCCGAUAUUAUUCGAAAAUCUCGGAAUAAACAAAAUGGAUAUUCUUUCGAAAAAAUUCUCUGCGUCACUCGUUCUCUCGCUUCCCUUUUUUGCCAUUUCAAAUCAAAGCGUGUUGUGUUGUCAUUCUGAAUCACAGUGUUCGUGUGUCAGUCAGUCAAAAAAUAAAUGCGAUCUGAACGAAGAAGUCUGUCCGAAUUCAUCAAUCAACUUUUGACAAAAAUUUCAUAUACAUAUACAGCUCCUCUCAUUUUCUUCUUCUCCUUUUUUUUGCAGUCCACCCAGCUCUUUUCUCUUUCUUUUUUUGGCUCAGAACAACAACAUGUAUCAUUUCACGCAUCAUUUGUCAGAAGAAGAAAAAGAAGAAGCAAAAAAGGAGAAGUAGUAAAAGGAAGAAGAAGAGACAACUAUUUAUUUAGAAGCGAGAAAAGAGUUUCUGCAUCCUUAUUUCUUCUUCUUUUUCCAAAUCUAGAUAUACAAAUUUAUAUAUAUAAAAUAAACAAAUUGAGUUUUGACAUACACACACACAUAGAUACGUGAAAAAUCAAAUUAGUAUGCAGCUAUGCGAAAACAAAAACGUCUUUUGAUUUGAUUCCCAACGGAACCCUAAAUUUCCUCUCACCACCUUUUUUCUUGUAAAGCUCUUGAAAAAGAGCAAGUGCUCUGCUGUGCUUCAGAAGCUCUCAACAAUUCUUUUUUUUUCACUCAAACUUUUCUCGAAAACCACAAAAAUCUUUGGAAUAACGUUAAUAUUUCAUCGGCUCCUGAAUGAAGUCAAUUUAUGUACCAAUCACAUUAAAAGAAACAUUUUAUUUUAUUUUAUUUCAUUUUCCCGCUUCUUCUCAUAUUACCCGACUUUUUUCGGGGGAAAAAAGGACUAAUGCAUUUAGUAUGCGAAAGAAGAAGAAGGAAAAGAAGAAGCACACACUUGAAACCAGAAGAACCUGGAAAAAAGUAUGGGAAAAAUAUGUAUAACUUUUCAACUUGGAGAGCAGGAAAAAGAGUAAAAGUUGUGUAGGUUACAACAUUUUGGACUUUUUUUGGGGGAAAAUUGCCGAGAAAAGUAUGGAGAAAAAGUGAAAGAGUGCAGAAAUUGAGUAUAAACAAUUUGGAAAAGUGGAGUUGAGAAAUAAGAAAAAGGAACUCGAGUUUUGGAUUUCGGAGAUGAAUUGAAACAAGAAACUCGAGGGAACUUUUUGUUAACAUCCAAUAAUAAUCAGGAUUAGUCAUUGAGAUAUUUUUGGAAACCGUUUCCUCAUACUGGAAGUCCAGUUCAAAACUUGGAAAAAAAUUCCGAAAACUUUAUCUCGAAGAUUUUUGAUUUUUGGUUAUCGUGAGAACUCAAUUUACAAAAGUAGAGUCUGGUUUCAAAAAUCACGAUGCCUCUCAGAAAUGAUGACUUUUGAAGUGGUUCAAAAACCAAUCAAAGUAUGUAUGUACUUAGAUUAGUCACAAAGUUCCAACCUAUAAUUAAGCUUUGACAUUCCAAAUCUCAAAAAGGAAAAAAGUCUUUCUUCAUUCUAAAUUUUUGCAAAUGACUAUAUAUACUUUACCAUAAAUAAGUAGUGUAUCUACGAAGGUUAUACCGAUUAAUUAUUCACCCGAGCUGCGGUCGCCGGCUCCUAGUUCUUUUUCUUUCAAUUUUUUUCGGCUUCAAAAAUAUGCCCCUUCCAAAAAGAAAAGAGAGUGAAUAUUAUUAUAGUUAUUACUACUAUUUUUCCUCUGCGCACGAAUGAAUGAAUGAAUGAGAAUACCAAAUUUGCCAUAACAAAAAAAUGAGAGGGGAUUGGAUUGAAAUGAAACGAAAAUGAAACGAACGAAAUAGAGUGAAGAAAUAUGUAGAUAAUUAGAAGAAAAAUAGCAAUUAGUUUAUGUUAUAUUUUUUCCAGAAACGAAGAUGAAAAAUGGACCGAUUUAUGUGCAUGUGAUCAACCAUUUUGCAACACAUUUGCCUUCCUCAGAACCCAUACAAGGUAGGUAGAUAUACUGAUUUCUUUGAUAUUCUGUAUUCCUUUCUAUGAUAGCACAACACUAAAUGUCGUUUUGCUCUUUUGAUGCAUGACACAAAAAGGACAGACGCGAGCGAGUGAGCGAAAUUCAAUAAAAAGAGCAACAACAUCAAUGUUGUCAUCUCAUCAUCUAACAGGCGAGAAAAAAACCCUGCAAAUCUUGUUAUGGCUGAUUGAUUUUUCUUCGGUGUAUCUAUGUGUGUAACUAACUUCUGAAGUGUUGUUUUCAAUGCAAGAAUACAAAAAACUCAAGAAAAACAAAUCUUUAUUUCUUCCUUCUUCCAACAAAUAAAUAAAUAAAUACGCAGAAUACAAAUAAAAAUAAAUAAAAAUCCGCGUACAUCUACAUAAAUUCAAUUUCAUGCUCUGCUUCCUUUCGUUUCGUUUCAUAUCCAAAAAAUGCGAAGAAGGAGGGGGAUUUCCACUUCAGAAAAAAUGAAAAAAUUCAUUUUUGAAAAAAAAAAGAAAAAAAAACUAAUAAUCACUCGUAAGCACGCAACGAAAAGUUGUUGCUUAAAAAUGCAUUGAAUAGCUUUUGAAAAAAAAUAAUUUUUUUCUUCUUCUUUUCUUCUUUGAAAACUUUUUUUUCUUCCGAAAAAAAGGGGUCUGAGAACUUUUGAUCUACAAGAAAAAAAAAACAAAAUUAUUGCAUGGUUUGUUUGGUGUGGUUUGCAGACGAACUCCCUCAUCAGCUUCUCCUCCCGCACCACAAUAUAUUCAUCCCACUCCACACCCACAGAUGGUUUAUGAUCAUUCCAGUCGACUUGAAAAUCAUGAGGCAUUGUUGAUGGACGGAUCGCACGGACAAUCGAAUCAUGAUUCACCGUUGGUAUUUCAUCGAAUGGAUCGGCCAGAUGAUGGAAGACCGCCUGAGAUACCAUCAUAUAAUCAAGGCGAUGGAAGUCAUGCCGGAAAUAAAACAUCUUUGUUGACUUUGCUAUUGGUUGUGGUUCCAUUGACGGUUGGAGCAGCAACUGUUAUGGUAAGUCAAAGGGAAUUUGUUUGAAAAAUAAACUGUCAGAUUUUUCAUGCUUUUCGUCAAUGUCAAUUGAAAGUUUUUUGAAACCUCAGAAUUUGAAGCAAUCUAGAGCAAUCACCUCUCGCUUCACAAAAAUAUAAAAAAUAAAUACAAUUUAUUUCAGGUUGUUGCAUUCAAUUAUUAUUGUCACCUAUGUUGA